AUGCCCUGCCCCCCAGGCCGGCCCCGGCGCUGCCGACGUGCAGAGAGCCGAGCGCCGCCCCGCAGCCCCCGCGCUCGCCUCCGCUCCGUUCCCCGCCAGGACUCGGCGAGAGCCCGAGCGGCAGCGGCGCAGGGCUCAGCCCCGGGGCGGAGCUGGCGGCGGCGGAGAGGAGGCGGCACGGCCGCAGCAGAGCCGGGGCUCAGCGGCGCAGCGAGGCUCGGCCGGCGGAGCGGCGGCAUGCGGCGGGCUCGGGGCGCGGCGCUGCCGGCGCUGGCCCUGGUGCUGAUCGCCGUGGCUGCAGACACAAACCAAGUGCAGCAGACGCCAUGGGCAGAGACCACCGAGGGCACCAGCCUGAACCUCACUUGCCAGCACCCCAAAAUCGCUGCCGACUCCACCCACUGGUAUCGCCAAUUCCCACACCAAGCACCCCAGCUGAUAGCAACGGCUGUCCUCGGCACAAAACCCGUGCUGGAGCCAGAGGGGAGUCUGACGGUGUCGGCAGAUCGGCGCUCGAGCGCGCUGUGUCUCGGGCGGCCCCGGCGCGGGGACGCGGCCGUGUAUUACUGCGCGCUGGGGCCACGGGCAGAGGAGCCGGGGCUGCGGCCGGGCACGAACCGCCGCGGGCGGGGCCGGGCGGGGCCAGCAGGGGGCGCUGCCGCUCCGCCCGCCGGGGCCAGCAGGCACCGGCACCGGCAAUGGGAACGGGACCGGCACCGG